AUGAGUUUCCAGAGCAUGCUCAAUCGUCUGCAUGGGCAACCGGAGAGCUAUGACAAGAAGUCAAAGUACAAGUUUGGCCGCACCUUGGGUGCCGGUACCUAUGGCAUGGUCCGGGAAGCCGAUUCCCCCUACGGCCGUGUCGCCGUGAAGAUCAUCCUGAAGCGCAAUGUUCGCGGCAACGAGCAAAUGGUGCUCGACGAGCUGCAUCUGCUGCAGACCCUGAACCAUCCCCAUAUUGUCAAGUUUGUUGACUGGUUCGAGUCAAGGGACAAAUAUUACAUUGUCACUCAACUUGCUACCGGUGGAGAGCUGUUUGACCGUAUAUGCGAGCGGGGCAAGUUCACUGAGAAAGACGCUUCUCAAACCAUCAAGCAGAUCCUUGAGGCCGUCGACUACCUGCACAAGCAUAAUGUCGUGCAUCGUGAUCUCAAGCCCGAGAACCUUCUUUACCUGACUAGGGAUGCCGACUCAGAUCUCGUGCUGGCCGACUUUGGCAUCGCAAAGAUGCUCGGCCACAAGGAUGAGCUGCUCACGACCAUGGCAGGCUCGCUCGGCUAUGCUGCUCCCGAGGUUAUGAUGCGCCAGGCCCAUGGCAAGCCCGUUGACAUGUGGUCGAUGGGUAUCAUUACCUAUGUCCUGCUUUGCGGCUACUCUCCGUUCCGUUCUGAGAACUUGCAGGACCUCAUCGAUGAGUGCAACGCCUGCAAUGUUGUCUUCCAUGAGCGGUAUUGGCGUGACGUUAGCGACGAUGCCAAGGACUUCAUCCUUAAGCUUCUUCGCCCCAGGCCGGAGGAUCGCUGGACCAGCGAACAAGCCCUCCGACACCCCUGGCUGACCGGCAAGUCGGCCAGCGACCAUAACCUGCUGCCCGAGAUCCGCGCCUACCUUGCGCGUGCCCGCUUGCGCCGCGGCAUCGAGAUGGUCAAGCUGGCGAACCGCAUCGAGGCGCUCAAGGCGCAGGAGGCCGACCCGGAGAACUCAGACAUCCCGCAGGACGCGACCCUGGCAGCCGACCAGUCGCGUCUGAACCCCACUGGUGCUGUCGGCGCCGAUGGCCAGCCUGAGGGCAGACGCCAGCUGUCUCGUGCCAUUAAGAGCGCCAUUUUCCGCGAGGUUGUCCUGGCAAAGGUGCGCGAGAUGAAGCAGCAGGAAGAGACGCAGCGGAAGACGGAGGAGGCGGCUGCGCAGGCGCAAGCUGCGGCUGCUGCAGCAGAGGCAGCUCAGGCCCGAAGGAUUCACUAA